AAUAGGGAAGCAAUUGAAAACUUCGAUCCGUGGUCCAUGAAAAUUUUUGGGUUUUCCAUUCGAAAAAUUAAACAAAAAAACUUCGAAUUUCCCAUAAAUAAUCGCUUCAAUCGAAUGCAAAUUAAUUAAGUUCCAUUAUGAAGUGAAUGUGAAUUGUUGGAAGCUCAGUUUAAACUUUUUCCAGCUGCAUUUUCAAGUGUUAUUGAUUUUGCCAAAAGAAAGAAAGAAGAAAAACCAGCAACGAAAUUUCCGUGUUUUUUUUUGUUUUAUUUAAGUUUUACAAUUUUCCUCUUGCGCAUUUUAUUUACACAUCCCAAAAACCAGCAGAAGCAGGAAACUCAAAUUUUGUCCUGAACUACGUCGACAACAGACAAGACACCAACUGCUUCAAACAUUAAAGGUGGGAUCGACUGCCUGCUGUUCGCCCCUUUGCGAGCGGAGUCUCACAAAACUUACCUUUCUUUCCUUUCCCCCCAAAUCCAGUUCGAUGUGUCAUACUGCAAACGACACGACCUAAACGAAUUAUAAUAAAAAAAAAAACGACGACGAAAACAAGGUGAGAGUGCAUUAGCUCGCUAAUUGUCGUUUAAUCAUCACAGUUGGCAAAUUCUACGUGUAAAGGACGUUGACGUUGUUUAAACAUCUGUCUGGGAUACCACAGUCGAGUCGAUAUUAACAAUUUUCAGCUGGGAAAAGAAGCGGAAUGUCAAGAGGAGGCAUUCAAUAGAAAUUAAAGCACUUCGAGUGUUUUUUGGGAUUUUUUUUUCGUUUUUCGUUUUUUGUUUGGUUGCUGUUUGUUUAAGUUCCAAGUUUUAACUUGGAGAAUCCUCUACUAGAAUGUCGAGCUCCAUUCCACCAUUCGUUUGUAAUACUCCGCCGCCAAUUGAUUGCAUUGCCGAUGCACCACCUCCUCUGGUGGAAGAUGACUUUGGAGACUUUGCUAUCGUCGAUGAUCAUCAUCAGCAGUUCGAAGUUUCAUCUUUGCCAGUGACACCUGUACACGUAGCAAAAUUGCCCGAUCCAACACAAAGCACAGAAAAUAAAACUUCAUCUUCUCCACCUCUGCCCGACACAGCUUUUGAUUUCCCCUCAAAAGAAAUAAAUAACGGCGACGACGACGACGGCACAAUAGAUACAAAUUUAUUCGUAAACAAAAAUCCCUCACUUUCGUUCUAUCCGCCACCGAAUUCUACAAAAACUGACGUCAAAAAUGAUUUACCUUACAUAAUAGAAGCUAACAGCCCACCGCCGUUCGAAUACGAACCAGAGGAAGAUGAGGAUGUUGAUCUUCCGCCAUGCGUUGACCUCGAUGACGACGAAGAACCUGAAGAAUUUCCCGCCCACGACGACAUGGGCAAAUACGAUGAUAACAUUAGUUUGCCCUCACUCAAAUUCGACUCACUAAGUAACCACUCGAAGAGCACCACCCCAGUAUCGGAAGAGUUGACGAAACCAAAACUCGAAGAACCCGAGACAAUUCUUAAGGUCGAUGAUGUGGCAGAUAUGUGUCUGGAGGUGAAUCCAGUUGACGUGGUAUCCACACCGGACGAAGAACUCAAUUCAGUUCCGAUAGAAACUCUGAAAAUAGCAGACGAGCUCGAAAAAUAUGGUGCUGGGCGAAGUGGUGAGGAGCCAGAAGAUGAUUUCGCUGAGUUUGAGGCGUUCCCUGCUCCUGCGAUUGUGGUACCAAGUGAAAUAGCGAACACCGUUGAAGUCAAGGCUGAUGAUGAUCUUGAGAAGCAAGAUGAAGAAACUAUCGAAGAAAAUAUCACCGAACCAGUGUUCGAGGCUGAUUUCAGCCAAUUCUCUAGCUUUGCAACGGAAGCUGUUGCGCCACAGGUGACAGCUCAAACAACUGACAAUAUUCAACCUACGGAGAAAUCCAAUCUGGACGACUUGGAGGUCGAUGAUUUCGAUGACUUCCAAGACUUUUCAGUACCCACAACAGCAACGGAGCCGAGAAAAGCCUCAGUUUGUUCAGCUUCAUCGGAGAUGGCAGAUGAUCCCACUGAAACAUCAAAACACUCCGAAGAAGACGACGAAGAUGAUGACUUUGGGGAAUUUAGCGAAGUUGUUGAAACGAAUGAAGCAAGCAGCAUUCCAUCAAGCAAUAGCGGUUUCAAUUUGGCAAACCUCAACGAUAAGCUUAAGCCCAUUCUAGAGAUGAUGUUUCCUGUUGCCAAUCCAGACGAGCAAGAAAACGUCGACGAAGAAGGAGAAAAUUCUCCACCAGCAGCGACAGGUGGUGAUCUCAGCAAACUGACGGCGAUCAAACAAAUUGAUACAGCCAAAGCCCUGGAACACCAAUGGAUCAAUUCGGAAGUGCGACAUUCGUUGAUUAAAUCACUCGGCGUCGAUUCUAGGAAUAUCCUCUAUGGCGAAAAAUGGAACAGUUCUAUGCCACGAUUCGCGGCCAAUUUGAGUUUUAAUCCCUUGGAGCCAAUGAAACCCGAGAAAUCAUCUAAAAAUAGCACGACCACCGAUUAUAGAAAUCGUUCUGAUAGCCAAAUAUCCACAUCCGCAUCUGCAUCGACGACGGCUGGAAAAACUGAUGUCCCAGCUGUGGAAUUCGACUGGAACAGUUCGGGUUUGGUGAAUCCCUUAGAUGGGGUUAAAGAAAUCUUACACGAAAGAACGAUUGAAACGCUUCACACGACGCAGUCUGGGGAACCUAAUGCAUCCUCUGACCAGCAACCGAGUGCAGCCCUCAAAAGCAAUAACAUCAUCAACAAUAACACCAUCUAUGACAGCAACGACAAAUCAUUACGAUGCUAUAUUGACAGCGGCGAGGAGACAAUCCCAGCCCCAAUUGAAUUUAAGUCGAAUGCGGAUGCACCAGUUGCCAUUUCAACAACAUCAACAGCAGCAACCAUCAUCACAGCCUCAACUGCAUUAUCAGGCGACUACGCUGAUAUAACCUGCGGUGAAUUUCAACCCAGUGUAUUAGAAACCAAUUUAGACGCAAUCACAACAACAUCACACGUACUUAACCAUAAAACCACCAAUUCAGCCAAAUAUCAGGAAGGUCUUAAGACUGAUCUGGAAACAGAAUCACAACACUCUGGGGUUGUUAGCACGUCUACUUAUGCUGGUCCACUUAAGGAAACUCAUAUUUUCACCCCAUCAAAAGGUGAAAAUGCUCUCUCGUCUAGGUCGUCCGCCGCUAACACUCUAACUAAAACACCACGUACCUCGGAGAGCAAGUGUCCGAUUGAUUUUGAUUAUGAAAUUGCGGCAGCUGGAAUUAUAAUCGAUGAAACUGUUGUGAAGAAGGAGUACCGAGAUGUUGAAUACAAUCCAGGUUUUGGUUCAAAAUAUCGUGAAGAGACAAUCGAACAUAGUCACCGUUUGUCGCCAGAUAUCGGGCUCCCGAAGCACAUUUAUCUUAACAGUGAACACUUGAAUAGCAGAGAGACCCCGAAAAAUCCACUUGAUGACAUCGGAAUUGGUGAGCCUGAAAAAAGUUAUGAAAAGAAAGCCCCAAGCGUACCUAAGAGCAGCUCAUUCGAUGAUGAAUUUAGCGAUUUCCAAUCCGUCCCAGCACCUGCACUUCCACCUGCAUCUGCACAACCCACAAUUGUACCUUCCAGCAUCAUUCCUUCUUCAUCGGCAAAAACUGAUCCGAAAACAAGCCCUAGUCAUUGGCGAGUUCUGAAAGAAACCGCAGAAAUUUCUUCCUUGAGCAGUCGCACUGGCACUCCGGUAUCCCUCAACGACGAAAUGAUACUCUGUCCAGCAAUUCUGCUUCCACAAGCCAUUCAGAUGGAAAGUAAACCGAAAAUCGAGUGGCCCGAGCCUGGCAUCAACCCGGAAGAAUUGGCGCGCAUUGAAGAACUCUUCCCUCAACCAAAAGGAAGCAGCAAUAAACCAUCACCUAGUCAUAGUGUUCGAUCUCAACAGCAAACCGGCAACAACAGAAACACUCCCCAAUUGGGCGCCGAUGACGAUGAUUGGUCUGAUUUUGUUUCCGUUCCAGCAGCACCAUCCAAUCACAUUCAGAGCAUAAGUCAGCAAUUUCAAAAGAGACAGGUUUCUCCUGCAAAAACAGCCGCAGACCUUAACAAUGACGAUGAAUGGUCAGACUUCGUGUCUAGCGCACCACCACCUCAAAACAACAUGCGCCCAUCUGUCUAUCCUCAGUUCAACAGUGCUUCAUGGCAAAAUGCGAAUUUCUACAACAAUCCAAUGAGUGCUUACGCUUCGCCACCAACAAGUUUCUACUACCAGCCGCCUGCACCGCAGCAAAAUCUCAGCAAUAAUCUUGUGCCAAAUUUAUCAAACAUCAAUAACAACACUGCACUCCCCGUUAACAACAACGUCGUCAACAAUAAUUCAAUUAAUCAGUAUUUGAUUAAUAACCAGGCGAAUCACUUGAACCACCAUCACCAGCAGCACAUUCAAAUGAUGCGAGACUUCUCGAGUGCCUCGCCCAUGGAUGGCGGAUCUCUAUCAUCGGCAGCGCCAUCUAUGCACCAUCAAUAUUCACUGCAAGCAGCACCCGGUUAUGGGUAUAAUCGUGGACUCCAGCAACACCCACACCAACAUCAACAACAGCAGCAUGGUAAAUCCAGUCAAUUUGGUAGCGGAUCAAGUAAGAUCGCUCCCAGUAUAUCGUUAAUUCCAGAUUUAGGUUUUGUUGCACCGGCACACACAAGUUUCAUUAGUGUUCCCAAAAACAGUUUUGCCACAAAGAAAUGACGUUUGCUGAACUAUGAUCAAACUGAGGUUGUUGGAGGCACCAGCGGCGUAAGAAGUGAAUUAAUUCGACGCCGUAAUAGCGGUCUAAAUGGUUGUUCUAUCAAUAAUGAUAUUAUCACAUAGGAUUGACCUCGUAUUUUGGUUGUUUAAUUUUAUUUUUAUUUUUUUUUAUAUUUUUAUUUGUUUUUAUUUUUGUUUACUUUUUAAUUGUUCCAUUUUUUUAGUCUUAAGGAACAGUUUAGCUGUUGGUAGUAAAUUGAAUGACGAUACGGCCUAGAAACCUAUCGUAACUGAUUCCGUCUUUUAUGCCCUUGGCAAUGAGUGAUACGAUUUUUUAAAUCUCUUCUUUAAAAAAUAUAACAAAAUAGUUAUUCAAUAUUAGCAGGAUAAUCACAUUAUUAAUAGAAUUAAAAAUGCUACUGCGUCGACGACGCUUUAUAAAUCACGCGUAGCAAAGAAUUGGUUCUUUUAAAAAUUUAUCAUAUAUGUAAAUAUGUGAAAACCGUUUUAACAGAAUAGAAUAUUACAAAUUUUAACACUAUUUAUUGAGUUUUUGACAUAAGGUUGUGUUUGAGGUUUUCUUGGAAGUCUUCUAUUGUAUGAUAUUACAAUAAACAUAAGUCCAACCAUCUUGUCAAUCUCGAACUGUUUGUUGUUCUUGAUAACAUUUUGUACCAAAUGGCUUCAGAGUUAUUACCCUAAGUAGGAGUACAGUACUGCCUUAUUCUUUGGCGUUAGGUAAAAAGCUCUUAAGGAUUUUUGAUUUGGUGUCUCUUUAGUUGAAUUAGUUACAACAAAAGUCUAGAACAACUGCUAAUAUGGUAUUAAUUUAGUGUUGUGACAAUAAGACAGACAAAUUCAUAUUUAGUUUGAUAUUAAAGUCUCACGUUUAUUGAGUCUGUGUGAUCAGUUUCUGACUUAAGUCCCUUUUAUCUUACGUCAAAGGAUUUAAAGUUAUAAUAACUUUUAUAGAUUUAUUUUACUUGAUUUAUGAAGAUUCUUUUGGGCUUACUAUGGAAUAUAAUUUGGUCUAUCUUUUAUCUCCCUGGCCCAAUGUCCUUCAAAUGAGCUUUAUCUUUAUGCUCGUGGAGACAGGCUCUUUCCAGAACGUUUUCUGUAAUACUUCGCAGGAGAUCUGGGCAUAGCGCGUGCAUUUCAUUACGAAUAUUAUCCUUGAGCUGCGGGGUGGCAGUAGGAUUACUUACGCUCACUUUAAAAUAGCAAAAAAGUCUAAUGCUUUCAAUUUCACAAAGCGUAGAUUCCAAUUACGUAGUCCUUCCCUGUUGCUUAUUCAAACAAUUAUUAAAAAUCUUUUUUAUUUUGUAUUAAAUUGACAUAAAUUUGUAGGAAAUUAUUAAAACCACGACUUCAGAUAGUUGCGAAGCUAAUGCGUUCACCAAAUCAGUUUUUUUCGUUGAGGCUAACAGCAAAUGUUUUCUUCCAAUACAUUCCAGCGAAUUAAGAUGCGUGUUGCCAGAGGUCCAAUCUUCAGUAGUGAUAAACCCCAGUUAAUUGUGUUUCAUCCUAAGUUCGGUGGUUUUUUCCUUGUGAGCAUGCGAAGAGUAUUGCUGAAAAAUGGAGUGCUUGCCCGCAAAUAAGGUAUUACUAUCACAACCUCUUCUUAAAUAUUAUUUUGAUAGUUGGAAGAACGUGCUUUCACUGCCAGCUCACACAGAAAUGCAAUUUUGUAGCACCAUCAUACGACACUCCCCACCAAACCAUCACUGAAGCUAGAUGAUGGCCUCUUUGAACUGUUCCAAACUUUUUAGAAGCUUUCUUGGAAUUAUGGGCGUAAAUCCUGUUGUUUUGGAAAUUAAAUUUCUGUUCUACUGUACACAUUUUCUCAUCUGUGAAUAGAAUAUAUUUGUGCUUGUCUUUGAAGCAACACUUCAAAGACACUUCACUCUUAUCUUGGGCAGAUCCUUAGUCUGGCUUUGUCCGGUAUUUCUGCGGUAAGAGCUAAGCCUUAGAUCUUCGUUUAUGAGGCGUGACAUCGUCCUUUGUGGGUAUAAUUUUAUUUUUGCGGAUGAGGUUUCUACGGAUUCUUUCCCCUAAUGCUUUGAUCACUGCGUCCUAUUUUCAAGAGCUCGGCCACUUCUUGUUCUAUCAUCAACAGAGGCGAUAUCGUUGUAUCGUAUUUUAGCGCAAUAGAUGCAUUUUUUAAAAGAUAUUUUGAGUGGUUUGAACAAUCCGAAAAUCUCAAUGUGAGUUUUACUGCAUUUGUCCUUAAAUAUGAUUUGAAAAUAACAACAGAUCAAUACAAUUUUUAUUUUGGCUUUUUAUAACUUAGGAACAGAUCUUAUGGCUUAGAUUGUUAUAGAAGAAUUCCCCUAGGUCUUGCGUCCUUCAGCUAGAGCAUAUAAAGAGGAGGUGAAGAUCUCCUCUUCCUCAUCGAUACAGUCCUCACAAAGUGCAUAGUGCCCGGUUAUGACACCGAUUAGUGAGCUUAUAUGCAAUCUAGUGAGAGAUAUUAAGUACCUCAAGCGCUUUAAAUCUAUAGUGGGCUAGAUGUUUUUCGUGACCUGACACGUGUUAACGUUAUUCCACCUGAUAUUUGUCUUCUUUAUAGCGUCUUGCAUAUGUAAUACUUCACAUGUAACGAUUAAUAUGCCAGUAUUAGCUAAACGUGGUAAAAUGGUUUGUACUGUACCAUUUCUGUCGAGUUCAUCUGCUUUGCGCCUGAAUUUUUGGAAAUGUUUGCCGACAAUUUAUCUUUGCAGCCCCAUUGUGGAUUAUCUAGUGGCUUUAAUUCUUUCUCAAAAGUUUUUUGACUUUAAAAAUUGGCAAUCAAAGUUUUUGGACUUUCCAAAACAUUUACAAGAAUGCGUUAAACAUUCACAUCAGUUCGAACAGUUCUUUCAACUCGAAGAGGAUUAAUACUACAGCUCCUUGUUCACGUAUGCACUACCAUUUCGUAAUCAUGUGCACAGAGGGUGGAUUUUGAACACUAAAAUGACGCCGAUAAGCUCUUUGGGUUUCUAUUCCAUUGGUCCUCUUUAAAUCUCCCAAGUUCGGUUUAAGGGUACCUUAAAACAGAAAAACAGCUGAGUUAUGAUAUGUUCAUAUAAGGAAGCAACUUCUGACUCGUUGAAUCAACAUUCUUAGGAAAAAUCAUGAAUGUUGAUAAUCUUUUUUUUUUAAGUUCGAACGCAUGCUUCAAAUUUUGUUUAUGUUUCCUAAUUUUCAAGGUUCGUAAAGCUGGAAAGAUAAGAAGCGAAAAUUUAAAUUCUUAUGGCUCCUUUUGGGGUAGUUUAGUGUUUUAAUAUGGGUUGAGCACAAAAAUCAGUGCUCUCUAACGUUGAACUAGGAAAUAGACAGAAGAACAUUCCUACUGUAAGUGUCAGCAUUUAUGCCUGGGAAUGAUUUUUUACUAGGCCAUUGUGGGCCAUGGCAAUGGUUGUGACCUUGAAAACUUCAAGUCUUAUUGGUAAAACAAUACUAUUAUAGGAAUCCUCAGGGUGUCUUAUUACUUUUUUUUUUAAUAAAAGAUAUUUAAAAAUAUUUAUACUUGAUAUGUAAAGGUACCCGUGUAUCUAUGAAAAGCUAGAAAGCAAACUCGGUUCAAUCAUAGGUCAGCAGACGAAGAACAGGAUGAUAAAAAGCUUUAACAGAACUGCUUUGCAACUGAACUUCUUUUAAAUGAAUAGAGAAACUUAAUUGUGCUUGUGCUCCAAAGUUAUUAAGAUAUAUAAAAUGACGUUUUAAUGAUUAAAAAACUUAACUUCAACUCAUAAUUAAAAACAAACAAGCAAGAAAUCCCGUGCUGCUGUCUUCAUUUCGAAAAAAAAAUUAAA